GGCUUACUGAGGAGAUCACUGCCGGGGCACACGAAGGCGAAAUCGUCGGCUGAGAACUGCUUCCUGCCAGGCAGGAUCCUGAGAUGACUGAGAUACACUGCCAUGAAUUACCAAAGCUUCUCAGUGGAUCAACAAAAGAGGUUAACAGCUAGUCUCACCAAGUUUCUGUGUAUGUAUCGGCACCUCACAGAUUCCUAUAUAAUAGAGUUUUUCAGUGAGAGACUAUGGGAAAAGCUUCCACUAAGUUGGCAGGAAGCUCUCAGUGACCUCUCCUCAUCUCAGCUAGCUGAUUUCUUGGAUGGACUGUCUAGAAGUGGAGAAAGGUCAGUUUGGCCACUGUCUCUUUUGGCUUUCCGAGCGACAGCACAAGCUCUGUCAUUUCCCAGAAUUCCGCAUAUGGAAACAGACUUGAACAUUCACAUGGAGAAAUCAGGAAAAACAAAGCCAGCAGAAUUUCUAAAGAAUUGCAGCCAAAGCUCAAUGCUGAGUCACAUCUUCAGGAAGCACGUUAAGCCUAAAAAACAGCAUGAGAUUCGCCGUCUUGGAAGAGAAGUCAAAAGACUAUGUGACCUUUCAGGCUGCUGGAAUGUGGUGGAUAUAGGAUCUGGACAGGGACAUUUGUCUCGUUACCUCUCUUUUGGGCUUGGGCUGUCUGUCACAGGCAUCGAGGCCAACCGUGUCCUUGUCUCCAUGGCUACCAAGUUUGAUGAACAGCUCCUCUACACAUUGAAGAAAGAGAACUUAAGGAAUGUGAAGGAAGGGAGUGCUGCUUCAUCUUUCCAGUUCCAACUUCCACAAUCCCUGCCAAGGCAUGUUACAAGCUGGCUGAACCCCAGAGGAUCAUGGGAGGACUUCUUGAUGUUUCUGCAGCCCCAGAUACACACUGAUAAACACAAGAGUUCUAGUCCUCACGAAGCAGUCCAAGAUGCCUCACAGGCUCAUGACCAGCCUCAUAUCUGCAGUUUUUUUGAUGAGGCAAAAGCUGAGAGGGACUUGAAUGCAAGUGGUGAUGCCCAAGGCCACAGUAACAACCACUACAGCUGCAUGAAGGGAAAAACCAAGUCUUGGCAGGUCGAUUCAUCAGAAAGCACUACACUUACAGAUUAUUCACAACUUCCCUUUUGUUGUGACACAAACCAAAAACUUCUUUGUGCUGAAGACAAGUGUAUUGAAGACUUUAUUCUUACAGGGCUUCAUGCUUGUGGAGACCUCAGUGCCACUCUCAUUCGUCAUUUUGUUCAUUGUCCCCAAGCUGUGGGUAUUACCUCUGUGGCCUGUUGCUAUAUGAAACUAACCACCCAUGAAAACUUAACCCCACCUGGCAUUUAUGUUCCUUCUCACGUUAGAGAAGAGAAACUGGAAGAUGCAGAGAUGGACAUCAUGGUUGGUUAUCCCAUGAGCUGCUGGGUUAAGAAUCUUCCAGGCCAUGAGCUUUCCUACAAAGCAAGAGAGACAGCAUGUCAUGCUAAAGAAGAUUAUAUACAAAGACUACGACAAGAUAAUACAAUUCUAAAGGUACACUGCUAUCGAGCAGUCCUGGAGACGAUUAUUAGAAAGAUGGACCCCAGUCUAAAACGGGCAGGCAUCCAGACUGUCAAGAAAGGCCAUGAGCUUCCAUUCACAGACUAUGCUCGUGUUGGUUUGAAGCGACUUGGACUUCCGGCUGACCUGCCUCUGGACUUAUCAGCUGUGGAGGACAUGCUGGCACAGCAAGGGAAAGUUGUGGCCUACUUCUGCCUGGUUAUGCUUCUAGCGCCAGUAGUUGAGACACUGGUGUUGUUGGACAGAAUUCUUUAUCUUCAGCAAGAAGGAGUUGAAUGCAGUCUGCUGCCACUCUUUGAUCCUCAUUUUUCACCGAGAAAUCUAGUUCUGGUGGCUUGCAAAACAAAGAACAUCCCAGAAAGUUGAAAGAGGAAGAAAAAUGUGGCCAUAAUAAUGGCUAUAUCUCACAGAACACACGCACUGUUAUGGACUGAAAUGUCACAGAUGGCCAAGUAUCUGGAAAUGCAAUUUGUCCUUCUACCUUGAUGAUUUCUAGUUGGGAAAGUGUGCAUUUUACAUCAGUUCUGCGUCAUUAGUCAGAAAUGGUGGUCCUGGCCUGUACAGCAACAACUAACAACCACAGCACAGCUUUCAAAGUGAACGCAUCAGACAUAAAGUAAUAGGUCUGUAUUGUCUGGAGUAGAUUAUAAAACCAUAUAAAUAAUCUCAAUCUACCUCGUUUGAAUGACUUUAAUGAUCAAUAUUUUAGAUAUUGCCAAAGUUCCAAACGCAUCUGGAAUGUCCACCUUACUAGAAAUCUUCCUUUACUUUUCGAUAGAUUAAAAUAAUUUGUUACUUUGUAAAGAACUCGCAUUGUGUUUUCAAAUAGUACUUCACAAAAAAAAGCAAGAUUACAAGAUAUGAUCCAAUAACAUUGUGACUCAAUUGUGCAUAAGAAUAAACACGGGGAAUGCCGAAAAAGUCAUCUUCACAGAUGAAAUUUAACAGAUCAGGUUAAACACUAGAAUGGAUAUUAUUUAAGUGCAAUACAGCCAACACUUCAGGCAUCUUGACAGACUUGGACGGAGAGCUCCUGUAAGUGGGUGUUAUCUGUCGAGUAAACAGUAGGGACCUGCUUGACCUCGCAGAACUGGCAAGUACUCCAUCACAUGGUGCCUUUGUAUUGGUUCUUCCCAGAGUACAUCCCACAAUCUAAAGUAAUAACGCUCAUACAGUUACAUUUAUUUGUUUAGCACAUCCCCUUAUCCAAAGUGACUUACAGAAGAUGUCAACAUAACCGACUAAACAUCGGUGUGGGAGUCUGUUUGGGAUUAAGUGUUACAGGACAAGGUUACAAAAUUGAUCACCACAAGUGAACAGCUUAGAAUAAAAUAAAAGCGAGUUACCAUUCCCUGGGUUACAAAACCUAACUAGUUAAUAUCAGUUACACAGGAAUUGAGGGUCUUCAAACACUUCUUAAACACAUUAAAGGACUCCGAAUUUCAAAUGGAUGUGGGCAGCUUAUUAUUAUAGAAAUUCUUAUUUCCAUGAUAAACAGGCUGGAAACAUGACAUCAUUUUUACCUAUUUUAUUUCCUUGAAUCUCUGUAGAUGUACACUGGCACUGCCCUUCUCUAACUCAUUUGAGUCAUAACCGAAGUAAAUAAAGUGAAAUCCAUUGACAAUGAAA